GGUUCUCAUGCUGUCCCUACUGCUUUCGGAGAGCACGUGGACAGCUGACAAGUGUUUGACACUCCAGUGGCAAGUUUCAUCAAAUAAUGAGUAGAAACUGUACCUGAGUUCAAUAUUAAUUAGCCACAAUGGCCCCUAAAUUCAAACCGGGAGGCAAGCGAUUCCCUCCAAAAGUCACCCCCAAACCAGUUCCUCAGCAAUUGCAAAAUCCUCAAUCAAUAGAGCCAUCGACCAGUGGAUUAAAUCUCGAAACUGAAAAUAAAUUCGAGCUUGAGCUGUGCUGGUGCAUUCAGCAAUUGGAGCUCAGCAUGACUUCCAAUAAAUUGGGAGACAAGCAAACUCGGGAGGCCCACAAAAGUCUCAAGCUAUUAAAGAGUAAUAAUGUGCCUUUGGUCCAGAAGAGACAAAUUAUGAGAACAACCUUUGGGGAUUAUCGAGCGAAAAUGCUGCAAGAGGAGAAGAAACACAGUAAAAGUGCUUCCACUGUAAAAAUUAUUGUUCCCAAGCCCAAUGAAAAUAAAUCUAUAUUCUUGAAAAAAGCGAAAGGGUUAACAGAGAGUGGAGUGGAACCUUCAAUGGUUACAAAUGGCCAAUCUUCAAGUACGAAUAUCGCACAAGUAUUUAGACAGAGUCAAACUGAAGAGAGAUUCCAAUUCAAUUUUACUGCUUCUGAUGUUAAUUAAAUUUCCUAUCAAAUUUUUUUA